UGGAGUUUUUCAAGAUCUCUGAAGGAAGGUCAAACUUCCAAAAUGUUCCUCUUUGCCCGCAAGACCAAGACGCCCAUCAGCACCUACACGGACUCCUACAGGCCUCCGAACUCCGUCAAGAAAGCCUUUGAGGACCCUCCCUUGGCGCUGUGGAGUGAGAACAAGUUUGUGACGCAGGGUUUGACGGUGCCCAGAUUGGACAACCAGGUGGACCAGACACAUCUGGAGAAGAUGGUGAAGAGGGCGGUUCAGGAAUACACAUACAAGAACUCCGCGGAGCCAACAGCUUAUCGGCCGUACAAGUACUGGGUGACCAGGGAAGAAGAAAAGUACAAUCCAGUCUUCGUUGGUGAUGACAGAUACGCAACGUGGAGAACGGGGCCCUACAACAGCGCAGCGUGGAACAAAUAUACCACCUACCUUCCGCGGAUACCCAGGGAUGCAGGGAUGGAGACGAUACUCCGUGGGAUGCCCAUGCAGUACCCUCCAAAACCAGAACGUCUCAAUAGUUACGAGCGAGAAGUCGUGGUAAACAUGCUGAACAGCUUGUCGCGGAAGCAGCUCCCCUCCAUCCACCACCACCACACCAUCCCGGGCAGGAUGCCCUACCAGGGGUAUUACAGCCCCUGCAGCGGCCGCCAUUACUGCUUGCGGGGGAUGGACUACUACGUGGACGGAGCGCCCAACAACGAGCAGCAGAUCCGCCAACUAGUUGAGAAGAUUGUAAGGAAUUUCCCGUACUACGACCACCACCAAGAGAUGACCCUAUGUGCACCUAUGCCCGACCCGCUGCCAUCUUUCCCGUAUAUGAACCUUAAGUGGGAUACCAGUCACUUCAAGAGGAGUGGAGGGCCACAGAAGGACAGCUAUAUAAUUCACCCUGAUUUUGUUUCAGAGUCCUACCCGGCCCCACCGUGUUGGUGGUAGAGUGUUGAGACAGGCUGACAUUAAAAUUGCCGCU